GUUUCGCGGUGUGUCCUUGUGCGUUAGCGCACCCUUCGCCGUCAUGUCGGCUCUGGAGAAGCAGCUGCAUCUGGGCCGUCUCCCGCCGCGGCCCCCGUUGCCCGGUGGCGGCGGCCAGUCUGGCUCCAAGAUGCGUAUGGGUGACGGUGUAGCAGUGCGCUCAGGAACUGGAAGGUCGCCUUUUCUGUUUGUCUACCAGUUCCAGGAGAAAGAGCUGCAUGAGGUCAACUGAAGAAGCCUGAGACUGAUACCAAGUUCUCCAGCCCUGGAAGAAAGCGUGAUUUUUCACCAGUGCUUUGGAGCCAAUACUUUGAAUCUAUGGAGGAUGUCGUGGUAGAAAAUGAAACUGGCAAGGAUACUUUUCGAAUUUACAAAAGCGGAUUGGAGGGGCCUGUCUUACUGCUGUUACACGGUGGAGGCCAUUCUGCUCUUUCCUGGGCUGUAUUUACUUCUGCGAUCAUUAACAGGAUUCAGUGUAGGAUUGUGGCUUUAGAUCUCCGAGGCCAUGGAGAAACAAAAGUUAGGAAUCCUGAAGAUCUGUCAGCAGAGACUAUGUCAAAAGACGUUGGAAACGUGGUUGAAGCUCUGUACGGGGACCUUCCUCCCCCUAUCAUGCUGAUUGGGCACAGCAUGGGGGGGGCCAUUGCAGUGCACACGGCGGUCGCAAAUUUGGUGCCAAGUUUAUUGGGUCUGUGCAUGAUCGAUGUUGUGGAAGGUACAGCCAUGGAUGCGUUGAACAGCAUGCAGAACUUCUUAAGGAGUCGUCCCAAAACGUUCAAGUCACUUGAGAAUGCCAUUGAGUGGAGUGUAAAAAGUGGACAAAUAAGAAAUCUUGAAUCUGCCAGAGUUUCUAUGGUCGGUCAAGUCAAACAGUGUGAAGGGGCUGCUAGUCCUGAAUGUCCUAAAGCCAUAGUGGAGGGUAUUAUUGAAGAAGAGGAGGAGGAGGAAGAGGAUGAGGAAGGGGGAGGCUCUGUUAACAAAAGGAAGAAAGAAGACGACACAGAGACAAAGAAGGAGCUCUUAUACACGUGGCGAAUUGAACUGGCGAAAACAGAAAAGUACUGGGAUGGCUGGUUCAGGGGUUUGUCUAACCUCUUCCUAAGCUGUCCAACUCCAAAGCUUUUGCUUUUAGCCGGUGUUGACAGGCUGGAUAAAGAUCUAACAAUUGGACAGAUGCAAGGGAAGUUUCAGAUGCAGGUCCUCCCACAGUGUGGCCAUGCAGUCCAUGAAGAUGCUCCAGACAAGGUUGCUGAAGCUGUUGCGACGUUCCUGAUCCGUCACAGGUUUACAGAGCCCAUCGGUGGAUUCCAGUGUGUGUUUCCUGCUUGUUAAUACCCUGGUGUUCUCCAGCACUAAGUUCUGUUGUAAAUAAACUGCACCAGAGGCCACUGUGAUGUAUCCAUAACCUUUCAUCUCUCCAGUUCAGCAGCAGUGAGAAGUUGGUGUGAGAUUCAUCCCCUAGAACUAGUUCUCCAGAAUGUGUAAAUGCUUAGGGACUUCCUUGCUGGGAAGCAGCUUGUACUGAAGACCAUGAAAAGCUCUUCAGGGCCCUGGAAGUGGGCUCCUCUCUGCUGCCACAAGGAAAGACCUCCUGAAAUCCCAAGUAGUCAGUCAUACCAAUCUGCAUCAAUUCUCAGGCUCUCUUGGACCCAACUGCAAAAGGGCCAUUGGCGGCUCAGAUCCACCGAGGGCAUUGCAGCAUAGCCAAAGGCUUCAGGAUUUCUCUGUGGAAUCGUCUAAUCGUCUUUGAAGUGCCCCUUACGUUUGUUUUUUAUAUGCACGUUUCUUUCCCCUGAAGCAGAUGAGGAAUUGGCUUCCUUGGGAGCUCAGGUUUCGUCUCACCGAUGCCAGCCUUGUGGGUUAAGCUGUGGGAAGAGCCUAGAUGCUAUUUUCCUGGGCAGAGUUGGAUGGGACUGUAAAGCAAAAAGGCAAGGGGAGACCAUGAGCUCUGUUUCUGCAUCUUGCGGCUUUCUUAGAAACCAGCCUGGAUAACUCCAUCUACUGCAGACACAUAACAGGCAGGGGACUUCGGGCCGACGUUUGUGGGGAAGACCUGAUGUCACAGCACUCUCAAAACUAGCCAGCUGCAACAAGGUCUUUUACCAUCACCUACCAAGUUAACUUCACUAAGUAGUUAGCACGCCUUGCCCCGGCACGGCCACCAAUCCCCCACAAGGUCUCAAAGGUCCAUCUACUUUUCAAGCUGUUCCUUCAUGCUCUUCUGGCCAGUCCCUCUGCUUCUCACCUCUGCUGCCUUCUCCUUGUCUCUCCUCAUCCAGGGCGCGCUCUCUCCUCCAGAUCUCUCUUCAUUGGCUACUCUUUUCUUUAGCUGCCCUCCUUAGAGCUAUUUAACCACUUAACAGAACCAGCCACAGCUACUUCGGCCAACCCCCGCCCCUGAAGCCAGCCCACAGCUGUAUAUUAUCAAUGCUAAUUAACGCAGCUUCAUUCCUCUACAACCCGAGACCAGCAGUAACAACGUGCUCAGCAGGCGGUUUGCCUGUUUUGGCCAUUCUCUGUCCCCGGAAUGUGUUUAUGCUUCCCUUCUUGUAGCUGCCACGUGCAACUGAACAGAGAUCAGCACCUUCGGGAUGAAAAAAUGCAAAACGUGCAGUAGAUAAAACCCUGGAGAGCUUGGAGUCAGUUCUGCUGAUGUCGAUGCAGAGAUGUGGGCAGCUGCCGCUGUGUUAUGCUCCCCCGGUACUGGAGGAAAGACCUUGUUUUCCCUGUUGUUUCCUAGAUCGUUUCACUGCCUGCCUUCCAGAUUUCCAUGUAAAUGCAGUAGUUACACAGUUUCUCUUCAGGGUUAAAUUAUCCACAGUUUGUCAGGUUGCUUUCACCUAAGAAUUACUCUUGAGCCUAAGAGCAGACACGUUCUGGAGCAGUUUUCCUCAAUAUUUUGCUGGUGGAUGUCUGAAAUCAUCAGGGGGGUUUGCCUUGUGUCCGUAACCCCCUCGAUGCCGUGCGAUGAAAGCGGUGGUCAGCGCCGUUUGGCUGAGGCAGAGUGCUGUCGUGUGCCUCUGCGCGUACGUCCUGUGAUGAGCUGUCGUGAAUUCUGGGCACGUGAGAGUUGCAGGUGAGGCCAAGGGAGACGGUGUGAAGAGCCGGCAAAGCCCGGUUUGACUUUGGCCUUUACCCCGACGCAGCCACUCGUCUCCCCUGACGCCUUCGCGUGCGAGCCCUGGACGCAGCAGUCACGGCCUUGCUCUGUGGCCCUUCCCUGUCCCAUCAGGGUGGGAAAUGCCUGAAUUAGAGACAAGAAAGCCGCGUUCCAGGGAGCUGUGCUCUCUCCUGGUACUUAGGCCAUCGGCAUUUGGGUGUUAAAAGAGCAAUUGCUGGCUCCCGGCGUUUCCCUCUGUAAGUUGCCACGUUCAUUAUUGCGUUACUUUACUGUGACCUCGAUGUCAUGUUCACCGCUGGUUUCGUUGCUGAUGGGUUAAAUGGAUCUUCAGUAGUUGAGAUGCAAAAUAGCACUUUCCCCAGACUGUAUCCUGAAGAUUGGCGAGAUUCUCAGUCCUUUCCAGGUGAUUCCUGUGUUCAAAUUGUUAGAGAUUAAAUAGUACAGUAUGUAUGUCCAGGGUCUCGCUUCACGGGUUCGUUAAGCAUGUGCCUGUUGUCGUACUCAUGAAUGAUCUCGGUAAAGUCACCUUCCUCCGUGCUGAAGUAACUUGGAGGAUCUGGCUCCGAGUGAUUCGUUGCGGUAACUCCUCAUGUGUGUCCCUCAUGUUAUCCCUUUCAUUUGCUUUUACAGUUUGUGAAAUCUUUAAAAACCAACCAAACAACAAAAAACAAACAAAACCCUCCGUGCAAAGCCAAUCAGUUUUGUGUUCUGUAGAAGCACCAGUGGAAAAUGAAUGACUGCUUCUGAAUCCUGUGGGCUCCCCCAGCAUUAUAUUUUGUUAACAUUUGAGAAGUGAGUGAAAAAAUAAAUAUUUCAAUAGCCAUUUUAAUGUGGCAUUGCUGCGUGCCAAGCUCUCGGUCCUGAUCUGCACCGCGUAGGUGGCUGUUCAGGGCCUCGUGUGGUGCUGGCUUCAAAAAAGGCGGACGGAGCAGCCGCGGGUGGGUGAGUGGAGGGGGAAUUCCUUCUGUCUCUGUCAAGCCGGGUACAUUUUUGAGGCUGUGCUUUUGUAGGACAAAUAUUCAUGCUCCUGUUGCAGUUUCUUCUCCCUUUUCAGGGAGCUGCUGGCAGAUAUAAAUGGUAUUUCGGUGAAGGGUAGCACAGACCAUGGUAAUAGUAACUGUGGAGAGAAGAAAUGUUCUCUUUGACUCAUGAAAAACGGGGGCGUCUAGAAAAUCCCCCCGUAAUUCCCAACUUUUCACUGCGUUUUUCCACAGCCUGCAGCAUUGUCCUGUCUCUGUAAAAGCAGAUAAACAGGGGGAGGCUGUCUAAAUUGAAAGGAUGCUGGCUUUAUGCUGGCGCUUUGGAUUAUUUAGAAAUCUCUCUUGCUUUUGUUCCAGUUGUUGGAUUGAGGAUCGGUGGAAACUUUCACAACGGAAAAUCCUAAGGCUUGGCAGGAAGCAGAAGAUGCAGUUUGGGAGGCCGGUGUGUUGCAGGAUUUGCUUAAGUUUUUCAAAUCAGCCCCAGGGAGGGUUUUGCCAGCUGCCAGAUUACACGCACCAGGCAAACCCAUCGGUGACCUGUAGAUGACAGGAGCACCGAGAGUGUUGGAACAAAGGUAUUCCCUGUAUUGCCGAAGCGAGUCAGUUUGGUUCGAACACAGCUCUUGCAAAUGCAGAGCUCGGCUGCGCGUGUUUGAGCCCGCACAGUUCCUCUGUGCUGGUGUUUUGGAAACACUGUUGGUGGCCGGGGCGAUUGCUGCCCGCAGACGCAGCCCGUCGGUGUGGCUGGACUGAGCUCGCUUUUCGUUCAAGCCUUGUCUUUUUGUGUCUUCGGUCUGCCCUGGCCCAGAUGUGAAGUGGGUGGGAGAUGAUACCGAAGCCAAUUAAAAACACUGAUGCUUAUUGUGACUGGAGGUCUCUUUCUGUGCAGCUGAGACACCCUCUAAAAAAGAAAAAAAUAGUAAAGAGUUAAAAAUCCCUGCAGUGAUACAGAGGACCUGGGGCUGUCCAGCUGCGUUUCUUCCCUCAGGCCAUGAUAGUGGGUUUUCAGAGAUGAUGCAGCUAUAGGGUUUGGUUUUUUCUUUUUUGUUUCCCCCCCUUUUGGAGAGGGAAGCAGCUGGUCAGCCCGGGAAAGCCCAUUCCAGCCCUGCUUUCCACCCCUUCGUGAUUUGAAAGGCAGAGCGCUGCAUUGCUUGGCAGCACAAAUUCCCACCCCCCCACACACCCAAAUCUGCUCUGGUGGUGGUGAAAUUGCUCCUGCCUGAUGACAGAGUGACUUCUGAACCGAGCUCACGGUCGGGGAGCUCGCAGAGGGAGUGGUGGUGUGAUGGAUCCCAUGGGUGAUGACACCAGCAGCCCAGUAACGCCAUGCUGGGGCAGUUCAGAGGGAGCCUCCUCGCUCAGGGCUGAGCGAUGGCCGGAGGGCAAAGCCGCUCCCCGGCUUCUCGCUCGCUUCGGUGAGACCAUCCCAGGACACCGAGAACUUUACCAGUGUGCUGCCGCGUUCAGCAGGCUCUUCGGUGAGCAGGGGGGCACUGGGUAGGAGAGAGCAAACAGCUUCGUGCUGAUAUCCUCUACCUCCUCAAAUCCAGCUCGGAUGGUUCUCCCCGCCUCCGUCUUUUAUCCUGGGUGGGGAAGGGACUGGGAAAAGAGAUGUUGGGAGGUGUCUGGCCAUCAGCCCUUCACUGCUUUCAACUGGUGCUUGACACUCCCGAAAGGCUAGACCUAGAUCUUCAGGUAAGGUCAAAAAAGUAGUUGAUGGGUUGCCAUUUCCAAGAAAACUCGGCCUGGGUGCUUCCUAACACCCGUCUCUGAGCCUGGCGUUCUGCUCCCAACCUGAAACCGCUGUUUGUGUUCCCCAAACCCGCUUCCCUGGGCUGUAUGGGCUCCCCGAUCCAUCCGGUACCGCCGUGCCCUCAGCACCUUGUCUGUAAGCAUCGGAGACCUGCAGGAUGCAGUGCCUGGGCGUUUGCUCCCAGCUCUGCUGUUGGGUGCUUUGCUGGUUUCCAGUCCCAGUCCGGUGCGGUGACCUCUUACCACGUGCUGCUGUUCCCAAAAGGAAAAUGUGUGUCUGUUGGUUCUCCGGAGCACGCGCUCUGUGUCCCGUGUCAGCCUCAUCCUCCUCGUGUCUCAUUCGGUGUCUGUUUCUCUCGCCCACCAAUAAAGCAUUUGUGCAAA